GCUCUUUACUAGACCAACGUGAGCCAGGACCACACCCCCUUACCCUUAGACCCUAUAUAAUAAGAACCUAUUCCUCCUCAUCAGACCAACACAGCACAGCCCAACAACAUAGUUUAAGCUCUCACUGAUCAAACAAAAACACCAAAAUAAAAGCCUUCUUUAUUAGAGAUCGAUGAAGAGGGGUAGUGCUAGUGCCACCAAGAGAUCAUCAUCAAGGCUAUCAACAAGAGGACUUGGAGGGGUCCUUAGAGAGCAGAGGGCUAAGCUUUACAUCAUUAGAAGAUGUGUGGUCAUGCUCCUUUGUUGGCAUGAUUGAAUAUGAACGCUAGUUUGCAGGGCUACGAGGAUGAGAUCAUGAUGAAGAACUUUCUUUUUCCUUUUUUUUUUUUUUUU